GUCACACUGAUUUUCUCUUGCCCCAGUGUGUGGACACUACCACACGCCCUCCACACCAGCGACGGCUCUUGCGUGUAUUUUCCAGUGUUUCUUCUGUCAGAGAGUCCGACAGAGCCAUAGUUCCUCCAGUGCUGGCCCGGAGCUGAGGGACGAGCGCCCAGCAGACAUGGUGAAAAUGACCAAGUCCAAGACUUUCCAAGCUUACCUGCCACACUGUCACAGGACGUACAGCUGUAUCCACUGCAGAGCCCAUCUGGCCAACCACGAUGAGCUCAUCUCCAAGUCCUUUCAGGGGAGUCAGGGACGAGCCUACCUCUUCAACUCGGUGGUGAAUGUGGGCUGCGGCCCCGCUGAGGAGAGAGUCCUUCUAACCGGGCUGCAUGCAGUGGCCGACAUCUACUGUGAGAACUGCAAGACGACACUCGGGUGGAAAUACGAGCAUGCCUUUGAGAGCAGUCAGAAGUACAAAGAAGGAAAAUUUAUUAUUGAACUUGCCCACAUGAUCAAAGACAAUGGCUGGGAGUAAAGUGAAAUGCUCCGCUCCUGUCUGAAUACUGAUCUGUGAAAGCUGAGUGUGAUGAAGACCUGGCUUCCGGGACAGCACUGCUUGAACUUUGACCUCACAGGCCCAGGCCGGCCCAGUUCAACACUUGAAGGCCUCUCUCUAGGCUGUUCACUUGGGUAAGGUGCCCCCAAAUGAGCCCCCUUCGUGGACACUGUUGUUUCUGGAAGUUUGCAUUCUUUUCCUAACUUCUUACGUUCUAGAGAAAGAAUUAACCAA